UAUUAGUCGAAAACGUGGUGAUUGAACAAAAUUGGAGCAUCUUAUCCACUGUAUGUGUUAGUUUGCUUUACUGAGGAAAGUGGUAGUCCUUUUAGUGCUUAUGAAACAAAGUUUGUUGAAUUACAUGAAGGUGUUCAAUACGAUAACUUUGAUUAUUCCCAAAAGUACCGCAGCGUGUGGCCGAUGAAUAAGAAGAGUAAGACAUCUGUACGGUACCCUUGUAAAGUGCUUCGAUUCUCAGAUAGCUUACUUGCCUUAAACACAUUAUGCAAAAAUCUUGUUGAUGGAUCAAUGACUUUAAAGGAAUUGGAAGAAGAACGGUUAGCUCUGGGUGAGCAAGCUAAAGACAAUGGAGUCAUGAAGAAGUUGACACAGACAAAAGAAGAUAUUGCCGAUGAAGUUAGUGAUGGUGAUGAUAAAGACAUGUUGAGAGGGAAGAGGAAACGAACUCCAUCGACGAAGUUGAAAGACAGCAAAUUACCCUUGGAGAAAAAGAAAGCUGUCUCGACCAAGUUUGUGAAGAAAACUGCUACUCAGAAAAGAAAGCAUUCAAAGGAAGUUGGCAAAAAGAUUAUAAAGGAGUUAAAUCGCCUUGAAGAUGAUGAAGAGGACAAAGCUGUUUCUAGCAACAGUGAUGCCAACGAAUCAAAUAGCAGUGUAGAAGAGGAUGAAAUUGACGACCAGGAUUUGUUAGAACAAGAAAUGGGAAUCGUUCCACAGAGUGUAACGAGAAAGCAAAAAAACAAGCAGUCUUCAACGAAGAAAAACAUGGUCUCAACACAGUCAUUCGAACUUGCAGGUUUAAAGUCAUUUACUCGACUCAGUCGAGCAGGCUUAAGCGACAGUUCACAUUUUUCUUCCACUUCGGCAUUCGGCCAGUUAAAUGUUGAUGAAAAUCAAGAUGUUGAUGAAAAUCAAGAAAAAGACUGUUCCAAAUGUUCAAAUUUUGAAUCGCGAAUAAUGAAAUUGCAGUCUGAUCUGUCUAUUUCUUACGCUAAAAAUGGAACUCUGCGAGAUCAACUGACUAGUAGCGAUGCCAAACUAAAAGAACUGCAAGCAUUAAUUUGUUAUUACGAAGUCUCACGGCCGACUACAAAACUUGGAUGGGACAUUCAGAAACUGAUUGAAGCACAUGUAAGUGGGCCGGUCAUGAUGGGAAACUUCAAGUCCAGCACCGAUGAAUAUCCCGAUGAACCAUUUGGUCAGCAGUUUUCAGCAUGGAAGUCUCAAAAGGCCGUUCAUGUUCCUGAAGUAGAUCUUCGCCAUAAUUCUCCUCCACUGCCGGCACUUAAAAAGACCAUUCCUCCGACAGCUGGUCUUAAUGUUGAAUCGAUUUCUAAUGUGAAAACUGCUCCUUUGAUAGUGCACGCCUCUGAGAAUGGAUCAUCAGACGAUAAUAAGGAGUUGACCGAAGAAAUCCGAUUUCCAAUCCCUGAUAGCGUCUUAGAUUUAUUCUCUACAAAAACAUUGUCAAAUUUCGUUGGGAAAACCAUGGAAUAUUUGCACCCUGAUGGUGACUACUUGGCAACACGUAAUCUCUCAGACAGAAACAUGUCAGCACAGAAAAUUCAAGCUGGAAACGCCAGUGACAAAAUCCCAAUGACGGAAGAGGAAAUACAGCAAGUCGUUGGUAGUUCACUAAUUAUUAAAACCAUGUUUACAUUUAAAAUUUAAAGUUCGAAACUGGUU